AUGGAGAUGCAGCAGUACUUCGGCGGCGGCGGCGAUGGCGAUGCUGACUGGCUCCAUCAGCUGGCCACGCUCCCGCCUUUGCCGAUGAGCUCGUCGUUGCCGCCGCCGCCUCUCCUCAUGAGCGAGGGCAGCUGCUUACCCAUGGCCGCCGCCGCCGCAGCAGCACUUCCUCUUGGGGAUUGCUCAUCAGCUCUCAUGAUUAGGGCGGAAGAACAGAUGGGCUGCCUGCAGAUGAUCCCGCCGCCAGUUGUUACCGAUGAUGUGUACAGCAGCUACGCCCCCAACAAUGUCGACGUCCUCCCGCCGUUUCCUGCGGGUCUCGACGAUCCCACGGCCGGCCUCGACGACGCGCUACUCAUGGAUUCCUUCAGCGACAUCGACCUGGAGGAGUUCGCCGAUGCCAUCGGCCCCAAGAUCAAGACCGAGCCUCUGGACGACGCCAUGGUGCCGGCCGAUUACGGUUUCGUGGCGCAAGCGCAACAGGCGCGCCCCGUCGUGAUCGUGAACCAGGAGCAGCUGGAUGCACCACGCGGCGUGCGCCCGGUCGACGAUCCCGACGAGGAUGACUCAACUGUCGUCGCCGGGGGCUAUGAAGCGGCGGCAACCUUUCUGUACGCCGAGCAGAAGCAGGUGAGGCCGGCGCCGCGUCGUGUGCGGAAGAGCGGCGGCGGCGGGUCGCGCCCAGCCGCCGCUGGGAAAAGCCUCGACCACAUAGGGUUCGAGGAGCUGCGCACGUACUUCUACAUGCCCAUCACCAAGGCGGCGCGGGAGAUGAACGUCGGCCUCACCGUGCUCAAGAAGCGCUGCCGCGAGCUCGGCGUCGCCCGCUGGCCUCACCGGAAGAUGAAGAGCCUCAGGUCCCUCAUCCUCAACAUCCAGGAGAUGGGGAAGGGCGCCACGUCGCCGGCGGCGGUGCAAGUGGAGCUGGAGGCGCUCGAGAGGUAUUGCGCGCGGAUGGAGGAGAACCCGGCGAUCGAGCUGACGGAGCAGACCAAGAAGCUGCGGCAGGCCUGCUUCAAGGAGAAUUACAAGAGGAGGAGAGCGGCUGCAUCCGUCAACAUGCUCGACCAGUACUGCUACAAUGACUUGGGCAGUGAUGAGCAGAUGACAUUGCCACAGAUGGGUUUCUUUGGGUUCUAA